UCACCAGAUGUUUCCUCAACCAAGCUUACUCCCCUCCCCUGUGGUGAAAGGCACAAGAAGGACAUAGAGCGGGACUAUCAUUCACUUUUGGUACAGCCAACCACAGAGUGAUUCCUGGAGUCCAACUGAUGAAGUCUUUUCUCUGCGUGCCCUCUGCUGUGGAGCUGAACAGGACUUACAACAACUGAGAUUUAGUUUGGCUGCAGUAAAAGAAAACUCAGUUAUUCAUCUGCAGACACAAGCAAGUGUAUAUACACAGACUUUCAUUUUGGAUCUGUGCACCUCCUCUUAUAGUUUUUGUAAGAGUUGUGUGAGCUCAGUUUUGUCAUUUUGCCAGCUGGAAAGUCUGUACUUUGUGAGCCGACAAUGUCGUGGGACUGUGGCCUCAGGUACAUGUUCUCUGUGUCCCCUGCGCUGCAGCAGGGGAACAAGUGCAUCAUGCAUGACAAGGAAGACCUGUCCAGACUGGAGAUGGUCCAGAGAUUGGCAAAGGAUGGCUGCCGCUUCCUGCAGAACCACAGCAAGGGCCCAGACAGGACAAGUGAGCCCCAGAGUGACGAGGCAGUCCGCUUGUGUUUGAGAGAGAGGGGCCACAAUGUGCUCGUUCUCCAGAGAGUGUCGUCAGAGCAGCCAGCCCUUACUGCAUCGGCGAGGGGAGGAGGGAAAGUGGAGGCAAGGAACAGGAGGUACAUGGUGGUGUCAGGGACCCCAGAGAAGAUCCUGGAGCACUUGCUGAAUGACCUAACACUGGAUGAUGACCGAGGGACACCGCAGGGAAAAGAGUCAGAUACACUUCUGGAUGACUUUCUACUGACCUACCCAGUGUUCAUGUCAACCAGUGAUUUAUGUCAAGCUCUGCUAGGACACUAUUGCACUAAGCGACACAGAGGCAAAGAGGAUCGGAAAGAAGCUCUGGAGAGGAAACAAAAAGUGCUGCACCUGGUGUUGCAGUGGAUGUGUCUCUGUAAAGACUUCCUGAGGGAAGAUGAGCACAUCAAACUUUUUAUGAAGACAUUGUAUCGUUAUGUGUUGGAUGAUCUUUAUGAGCACCCAGUCCUGGAGAAAGACAUAGAAGAGCUCCAGAAACUCUACCAGCUGCAUCAUAGACAUACUGUGGAUGAAUACUCACCUCACAGAAAGGGAAAAGCUUUUUUCCAUCCACUGAGCUUAAAAGAAAACGGGCUCCACUCCAGAAGCUCACAUAGGGAGACCAAGGAAGUGCUGUGUCAUGUAUACGUCACCAUGGACUCGUACCUAAGUAUAAGGGUCCAUUCUGAAAUAAUGGCCCAGGAGCUGUUGCAGGCAGCGGCAGAAAGGCUGAAUGUCCCUCAAGCUGAGCUGGUACUUGUGGCCAUCACUUAUCCAGGAGGCAGACUUCUCUUACAGCCUCGGGACAAAGUUUUCUCCAAUUCUCUACAGUCGGUGGGGAGGCUGCAUGUGUGCAGGAAGGACCUCUGUGAAGUGCUGAAUCCAUUCACAGACAACUCAGAGCUGCAACAGAGGACGGCUCGCAUGCUGAGUUUAAACACAUGGGAUGUUGCUGUUGCCCUCACUGACUUUGAGUGGACAAUCUUUGGCUCAGUACAUGAGCAAGAACUGGUCUACUUCACCUUCAAUCGCCAUGCUUGCAGUAAGUACACAAUGCCAUUAGAGCUGCUUUUGCAGCGCUGCAAUGAAGUACAGCUGUGGGUGAUGACUGAGGUUCUGCUGUGCCCAACACUCUGCAAAAGGAUCCAACUCAUCAAGAAGUUCAUCAAGAUUUCUGCCCACUGUAAAGCACAGAGGAACUUCAACUGUUUCUUUGCCAUCAUUAUGGGCCUGAAUGCUGCAGCCAUUAGCCGCCUUGGUCAGACAUGGGAGAAAAUUCCUGGAAAAUUUAAAAAGUUGUUUUCAGAGCUGGAGGCACUCACAGAUCCCUCUCUGAACCACAAGGCCUACAGGGACUCCUUUAAGAAGAUGAAGGCUCCAAAAAUCCCCUUUCUUCCUCUGCUUCUGAAAGACAUCACAUUCAUUCAUGAAGGCAACAAAACGUUUCAUGAUAACCUUGUCAAUUUUGAAAAGUUGCACAUGAUAGCAGACAUAGCACGGCUGAUCCGGCAGUGUCAGAAAGAUCAAAUGGGAAAUGGAAUCACCCAGAAGAGCAGCUCAGAGGUGCGAGCCUACAUUGACUAUCUUCACAUCAUUGACAAUCAACAGACUCUGUUUGAACUGUCACAGAGGCUGGAGCCCCGAGCUUAGAGAAGAGCUCCAUCUUCCACUCUUCUCAGCCACUCUGUGAAAUUGCCAAGGAACAACCUAUCACUGUCUCAUCUCGUAUUGCUCAGGGUUCAGUCAGCAAUUACAGGAACACUGCAUGUUCCUGGCUGAACACAGAAGGGAGCCCUUCAAUCAGCAGGCUGUCGCUGCAGAUAUAAAUAAGCAGAAGACCACAUCUGACAGUCACUGCAAAAAUAUUUGCAUAGAUGCACAACUGUUUGACUGAUCCUUAGCAGCUGAAAGCAGGCUCAGCCAUCACCAUCUAAAUGUGGAGCUGCAGUGCCAGCAGUUAAACUGCAACAAAAGCAGAAGCCUGAGCUGUAGAUAUUUAUCAACUACGUCCACAUCUGUGGGGCCAAAGCUGCUGCUUUCCCUUUCCUGUCCACUGGAUGGCAGAGGUUUCCUAGUGUAGAGCUGUUCUGAAGGUAACUCACUGCAAUGAACAGCUCCACUCUGUGGAAAAAAAGCAGACUGCAAAAAAAACUGCUUCCAGGUAAAUGACUUAAUACUGAAGGAAAACGUGUGAAAAUCUCUUCUUAUGUCAUCCUAGUAUCCUCUUUGAGAGUUUGCAUCAAAUCUUAAAGUUAUUUGGAUCACAUGAUGCAGAUUGGUUCAUAAUCAACCCUUUUUGGUGUGUUCUAACAUCUGGAAGGAGAGGUUGGUUUAUUAGAUUUAACCAAAGAAUAAUUUGGCCCACAAGUCCGUUACACAGUCAUAUGUCUCAGAUCUCAACAUAAUUCACAAAUUAUUUACUCUAAUAUAAAAUAAGUAAUUCCUGAAGUAAAAGAUGACAGAAAUGGCGACAAUGAUGGUUGAAUAUUUAACAUUUUUUUAUGUAUUAUUUUCUGUAUCUUUUAAAAUGCAAAUUUUUCCGCACUUUUUAUUGCACUACUUUUAUUAUUUGACUAGUACAGCAUCAAAAAUGAUAAUCGAUUACACAAAACUGAAUGUAUGCUGGUUUGUGAGUUAUAAUUAGUCAUACCAGUACUAAAUCCCAUAUGACUAAACACUAACUGCUCUACUUUGAAACAUAACCACAAGUAUCCCCAUCUAGUUGAACUGUGGACAAUCGUUAAAAGAAGUAGCUGAUCCAUAAUAUUACAGUAUUGCAUUAUUUCUCAUGUCGGUUAAAACUGAAGAUUGACUUGAAUUUACAAUAACUCAGUUGAUCUCUUAUUUUAAUGUACAAAUAAUUGUUGCUGAGGAAAACCAUGUUUUUGUAUGAAACUUCUGACCUAAAGUUUUCAUGCCUUAGGUUAAAAAUCUGUCAAUGAAGAGCAGCAGAAAAAUCAGUUAGUUGCAGCACCUUCUGUACAAUAUUAAUAAGAAUAAAAUUAACAGAAUAUUGUUAAUGUGCUGUGUGUAGUAACACCAGUGUACAACGUUUUAUAGUGUGUUGUCAAAUGAGGAUUCUUCUCAGCUAGGUUAAAUCAGACCAGUUCAAAUAGACAUUGUGCAGUUUUUUUAAUGUUGAUUUCUUGAUGGUUUAGUUUGUAUAUUUUGAAUUUUGAAGGCCAUCCUGAAGACAACAUGCUUCAGCCGUAUCUCAUUCUGAAAACCAGUUUUAAUCAAUAGUGUACAGUUCAUUCUAUUUAUACUGUGUAAAUAUACGUUAAAAUUCUGGAUAUGGAUAUUAAUUUUGUCAGAAAGAUACCACUUAAUGAUAUUUUUGUUUAAUAGUGUUUGUACACUGUUUUGGCUGGUCUGCAUGAUAUGAAAAACCAUGGACUGACCACCAUUUUCAGCUGUGCAUGCAAUAAAAUAAUUUUCAUCA